CGUGGUUUUCGCCUGUGACCUGAUUCAACUUCUUAUAGAGACUUCGAGAACGUUCUUUUUGUUCUUCACUGAAGUGAUCAGAACAAUGGCAUCUGCAAAACGGACAGCGAAUGACCUUGUCACCAAGUCGAACAAUACUGUUACUUAAUCUGUUUGGACGCCUUUUGGUUUCUCACCUAAUGAAAAAGUGUAACCUUUUAAUUUAAACAAAGUUAUUUUCUGCUUGUGCCGGUGUUGAAAGUUUAGUUUUUCCACAGUCGCAUGGGUUUAAAGAGUAGAAACAAGAGUUAUCUAAAAUGUCUUCAAGAGCAGACAUUGGAGACGUCUGAAGAUGGGAUGGGAAAGCUCGCCAAGAAAUAGCUAUAGAAUGAGUGUAAAAUUGAAACGCCCCUACAAUUUGUUAAACCGGAAAUUGUGAUCUUCACGGAAACACCUCGGUGAACACGAGGAUUCGUCAAAUGCGCAUCCGCAUCUGACUGACAGGUACCAGUGAAUAGUUCGCAUUUAUUUUUAUUUAUCGUCAGAAAAAAGGUGUAGGCACCAAAAAUGGCUGAACCCGUCAGAAUAAACAGCCCGGAUGUCCGGUACACUGCCAAGCACAUCGAGGCUCAGUACGAUUACCACACUACAACGGUGUCAUGCGACGAUGGCAAAUAUACGGUGACCCCCCUCACCACCCGCUUCACCUUCCGCACCGAGCGCAGGGUCCCCAGGCUAGGGGUCAUGCUGGUGGGCUGGGGGGGCAACAACGGCACCACCGUCACAGCCGCCGUCCUGGCCAACAAGCUGGGCCUGUCCUGGAGAACCAAGGAGGGGCUGAAGAAAGCCAAUUACUUUGGCUCCCUACUGCAGGCCUCUACGGUGUCUCUAGGCACAGGUCCUGAAGGAGAGGUCUACGUGCCCUUCCGGGACCUUCUACCCAUGGUGCACCCCAAUGACAUCAUCUUUGACGGUUGGGACAUCUCCUCCAUGGAUUUGGGGCAGGGAAUGGAGCGGGCCAAGGUUCUGGACUGGGCCCUGCAGGAGCAGCUCCGCCCCUAUAUGGCCAAGCUGAAGCCCAGGCCUUCCGUGUAUUACCCGGAGUUCAUUGCGGCCAAUCAGAAGGACCGAGCUGAUAAUCUCGUCACUGGAACCAAGGCAGAGCAGUUGGACCAGAUCCGCAGGGAUAUCCAGGACUUCAAGCAGAAGGGCGGCGUAGACAAAGUCAUCGUGCUGUGGACCGCCAACACCGAACGCUUCUGUGACAUCAUACCCGGGGUCAACGACACCGCCAAAAACCUGCUGGCUGCCAUCCAGACGGGUGCGGAGGUGUCCCCCUCCACGCUCUUCGCCGUGGCGAGCAUCCUGGAGGGCUGCGCCUACAUCAACGGCGCCCCGCAGAACACCUUCGUCCCCGGGGCCGUGGAGCUGGCCGUGCAGAAGGGCGUCUUCAUCGGCGGGGACGACUUCAAGUCCGGCCAGACCAAGAUCAAGUCCGUGCUGGUGGACUUCCUGGUCAGCGCUGGCAUCAAGCCCGCCGCCAUCGUCAGCUACAAUCACCUGGGCAACAACGACGGCAAGAACCUGUCGGCACCGCAGCAGUUCCGCUCCAAGGAGAUCAGCAAGAGCAACGUGGUGGACGACAUGGUGCAGUCCAACCCCCUGCUCUACGGCCCAGGGGAGAAGCCUGACCACUGUGUGGUGAUCAAGUAUGUGCCGUAUGUGGGCGACAGCAAGCGGGCCAUGGACGAGUACACCUCCGAGAUCAUGAUGGGAGGCACCAACACCAUCGCCCUGCACAACACCUGCGAGGACUCCCUGCUGGCCAGCCCGAUCAUCCUGGACCUGGUCCUCCUGACGGAGCUCUGCCAGAGGAUCUCCUUCUGUACGGAGAGCGAGCCGACCUUCCAGACCUUCCACAGCGUGCUGUCGCUGCUCAGCUAUCUCCUCAAGGCCCCCCUCGUCCCCCAGGGGGCGCCGGUGGUCAACUCCUUCUUCCGCCAGCGUGCCUGCAUCGAAAACGUCCUCAGGGCGUGUCUCGGCCUGCCCCCUCAAGGCCACAUGCAGCUGGAGCACAAGAUGCAGAGUGGCGGCCUGACCAGCAGCGUCGGCCAAGUCCGCGUCACGGCAACGACCCCCAAGAGCGCCGGCGUCCUGAAGAACGGGUACCACGUCCCGGUCCUGAACGGCGUCCAGCACAACGGCUUCGAGACGCACCGCUAGAGUGCGCUAAACGCCGCCCCCACCACCACCACCACCCCAAAAAAAACACGGAUGUUCCGGUUGUAGCUGCUUUUUCCAUACAGGAAUCCUCAACUGGGCCUCACAAGAUUUCCGCAAAAAAGUCUUUUGAACCUUUACGAUGUUUUACAAAGCACAACACUGAAAAAAAAUACGAAUCUCAUUGCUUUCCCUCGUUCAUUUGCGGUUUUAAAAAUGUACUUCAACACAGAUCGCACAUUAUUUUUUUGAGACCGGAGACUACGGCGGCUACUCUGUGACUCUUACAUAUCGCUACAACAAAAGGAAGUCUUUCACCGUUCGUUUAUAUUGUGUCUUCUCUGGGUUGGUUCUUGUUCAGGGUUAGUGGGAGAAAUCGGUCACUGUGACAUUUUGAAUGUAAAAGAAUCUACCAUAGUUUUUCACUGUACCAGCAUUCUUAAAUAAAGGUAAAAAGUCACUGAACGAUGGUGAUUUUUAAUACGUGUACGUAUAUGUAAAAGAAGUAUGUUCUCUUCCCUGGGGUAAGUAUAUGGCCGGUAUAAUGUGAGUUUGUGCUGUUUGAAAAAGAGAGUAUUUUAAUCUGCUGUAUUGUUAAAAAUUUUGGUGUAUUUUGGAAUAUUCACAUUGUUUUACAUGACACAAUCCGAAAAUAAAUCCCAACCUGACCCAA